AUCAUCCCUGGAGUCAUCGACCGCGUCUCUGCGGCCAGCUGCGCUGAGCUCGAGGUGUCGUUUGGCGGCAAGCGGGUGGAAAACGGCGUGCUCAUCUCGCCUGCGGACGCCGCCGCCACGCCCACGGCGCGCAUCAAGGGCGGCAGCGAGGGGGCACUGUACACGCUCGUCUGCCCUGACCCGGAUGCGCCUGACCCAGCGCACCCUGUGCGCGGCGAGUGGCUGCACUGGAUCGUGACCAACAUCCCCGCGGCUGGCGACGCCAGCGAGGGCAACGAGAUCACCAGCUGGAGGGGACCGGCGCCGCCCAUCGGGACGCAUCGCUACAUCUUCCUGCUGUAUCAGCAGCCCAACCAGGAGCCUCUGCAGCGCGCGCACUUCAAAGUCCGCAAGUGGGCGGCUGAGCACAACCUGGGUGACCCGGUA